GCUCACAAGAGGCGCCACCAGUCCCAGCAACAUGUUUUGUUUACACCGCCUGCUGCUCAAUUUCUUUUGUUUUCCCAUCGAUCAAAUAAUUUUCCCCUUUUGAUGGUUUAGUGCGUGGAAACUCCUCCGGAUUAAACUUCCCAUCCUGGUGCCAUGGAUAAGCCGCAAAUUGUGGAAUAUUCCGCACAGAGUGUCAACUAUUCUGUUUUUGAUGUAAAAUGGAUUCCGCGUACGGCAAAAUUCAUUGCUAUUGGCUCCCAACCGCAGGGCACCGGUAUCAUCCAGGUGUAUGAACUGGAGGAGAAUACGUUGCAGCUGAAGAAGGAAAUUCCGCAGGAAAAGUCCCUCAAGUGCGCCUCCUUCGGUGCUUCCCACAUUCGGGAUUACCACGUUGCUGUUGGAGAUUUUGCCGGGAAGCUCUCUGUGCUGGAUGUUGAACGUCCGGAUGCGCCUGUUUACACUGUCAAGGCGCACACGAGUAUCAUCAAUGCCCUGGAUGCCAUUGGAGGGGCUCUCGUGAAUUGCGGAGCUCCGGAGAUUGCAACUGGGAGUCGUGAUGGGAAUGUCAAAGUGUGGGAUACACGACAAGCAGAUUCUCCCGUUGCGUGCAUUUCUGGGGCUACAUCCGGUGGCAGAGAUUGCUGGUGCGUGGCCUUUGGGAAUUCCUUCAACAACAGCGAAAGGUGCCUUGUGGCAGGAUACGACAAUGGGGAUGUUAAGAUGAUCGACCUUCGAACUAUGUCCGUACGUUGGGAAUUAAAUCUACCGAAUGGCAUUUGCGGUGCUGAAUUCGAUCGCAAUGACAUUGAGAUGAACAAACUGGCCGUAACUACUCUUGAGGGUGGUCUCUACGUGUACGAUAUGAGGACGCAGCAUCCGAAGAAGGGGUUUGCGUGUGUUUCUGAGAAGAACGCCGGGAGAUCUCUUGGGAGUCAUGGAACAAUUAGUGGAUCAAAGAGUACUGUCUGGGCGGCACGACAUCUUCCGCAGAAUCGCGAUAUUUUCGCUUCAUGCGGCGGAAGUGGGACUGUUAGGCUGUGGAAUUAUGAAUAUCCAGAGAAGAGGCAAAAGACUCUGUCAGAUGGCCUGGAUGUUGGUGUUGAGGGUACACUGCAGAUGCUCUGUUCUGCCGUAAUCUCAUCACAGCCUGUUCACUGCUUUGACUGGUGCGCCGAUCUCAUUGGACUUGCUGUCUGUGGGGCCUUUGAUCAAACAGUUCGCGUUCUAAUUAGUACCAAAUUGAAUUUGUAUUAAGGAUGUAUUUUUUGUCGAAAUAAUACAUGAUGUAGUUAGAAGACUU